AUGUACUAUACGCAUCUAACUCCAGCUCUUCUUUCCGUUGCUCUCACUAUCAGCGCCAGACUAAUUGAGCUACGAAUCGCCUUGAUUAACCGGUCAGGCCCACAGACCAUUCAGUUUAAGCCUGCCCUUUUCUACGUUGAGGACCAAUGGAUUCGUAUAUGGCAUCCCCUUUUUAGCCUCCCAGCUUGGAGCCUUCUGCUCGAACGAUUUGUUCUUCACGAAUCUUUGCUAACCGGUGGUCCACUCGAGAUUGGUGAUGUCAGCCCGGUGUAUUGCAGCUUACCAGCAGACUAUAUUGAGGCAUCUUCGAGCUCCGCUAAAGGAUCAAAGUCAUCUCCUGACGAUACGGCAAGCGAAAACGAAUUAGAUUCGAAAGAGACAGUCGUCGCUAAUUCGGCCAAGAUGGCUAUUUCCUGUCCACCUUCUGACCCCGAUUGGCGGCAUUUGCCUUGGCUUACACGCCUCGAUAACAGUCUUUCCGAACUUGUCACUCUCGCACCUGCCUCUCUUCCUGGGGCAGGGUUUGCUUUCUGUUUUCGACAAACCAGUCAUUUCCCUUCUUUUCGAACUGCGGAGGAAUCCUAUUCGCUUUCAUCAUCUGAUGGUAUGCUCAACAGACUCGCAUGCUACUUUUGGCCCGGUCUUACUAUGCCGCCAGAUGACCCAUUUCUCUACUUAUCGGCCUCUUCUAUAGCUGACUCGACGCCAAAUAAUUUACCAAAUCCUGUUGCAUUGGUCCCCUCCCGUGGUUUUCGUCUCAUGCCACUUGUCGUAGCUUCAGUUUUUAUCAACAAUAGAUUGAUUACUCUUUGGCAUCUCCAUCUUGCUCAGUCUUCUAACAUAGCUAUUGAAAAGACAGCUGCUCGUUUUAGCAAAAAAGGAUUAGCAGAUCAGGUAAUUGAUCUUGCUGCAAGGUGGCUUGGCCGAAUGGCAGCUCCGAGUGGUUGGAUGCCUUGGCGACAGCUGAUGCGAGAUAAACGUGAACCAUACCACAAUCUCACUUGUGGUUUAGUCUCACUAGAGUGUGAAAUAGCUGCUCGUCUUAUGCUUCUGGUAAUAGAGGUGAGUAUUAUUAUCUAUGAAUUUAUCGCAUUACCCUUAUUGAUCUAUAAUAAUGAGAUACAUGAGCGCUAA